CGGAUAGAUGUCCGUGUACCUAAAUAUUUCGGCAAAAAGAUCACCUUCUAAGGCACUGUCUGUCCCUUUCCAUCUUCUACCUAGUUUCUCUAAUCUAGUAGCUUGAGUCCCUCCUUUCCCAUUUUCGUGAAUUGCUUCGUUUGUGAAAUCAAUUGCCUACUUUCGCCUCAACUGUCUUUUCCGAACAUGGCCAGCAGCGUGAAAGACUUGUUUUCCCUCGAGGGCCACACCGCCCUCGUGACCGGCGGCACCCGGGGCAUCGGGCAGGCCGUGGCCAUUGCCCUUGCCGAAGCCGGGGCCGACAUUCUCCUCGUCCAGAGGGACGAGUCGUCAACGACCACCCUGAAGGCCAUCCAGGCGCUCGGUCGGAAAGCCGAGAUCUACACGGCCGAUCUGAGCUCCGCAGAGGACGUGGCGAAGCUCGUGCCCAAGAUCCUGGCCGACGGGCAUGAGAUCCGCAUAUUGGUCAACUGCGGAGGCAUCCAGCGGAGGCAUCCCUGCGAGGCAUUUCCCGACUCGGACUUUAACGAGGUCAUGCAAGUCAACCUCAACGCCGUCUUCUCUCUGUGCAGGGACGUCGGCGCGCACUUGCUCCAGCUGGAGCCGUCGGCGGUGACGGGCCGGCGGGGGAGCAUCCUCAACUUCGCGUCGCUGCUGACCUUCCAGGGCGGGCUCACGGUGCCCGCCUACGCGGCGUCCAAGGGCGCCGUCGGCCAGCUGACCAAGAGCUUCGCCAACGAGUGGACGUCCAGGGGCAUCACCGUCAACGCCAUCGCGCCGGGGUACAUCGAGACGGACAUGAACACGGCCCUGCUCGGCAACCCGGAGAGGCUGGCCGGCAUCAGCGCCAGGAUCCCCGCAGGGAGAUGGGGGUCGCCCGAGGACUUCAAGGGGACCGCCGUUUACCUGGCUAGCAGGGCGAGUGGCUACGUAAGCGGGCAUAUUCUAGUGGUUGACGGGGGGUGGAUGGGGCGGUAAUGGUGGCUAGAAGGAAACCGGGCAGAGUAUAGACGAGUGAAUCAGCGAACAGGAUACCAGUAUCUGUCA